GCAAAAUAAAAUUUUUACAAAGGAAGAAGUUGAUAUAUCCAAAUUUCCAAUAAUUGAAUUUAAAGGAUAUGUUAAUUGUGUCAGUGGUUUUAAUGAUUGUGCUAUGAUUUGUGAUGAUAUUAUAAAAGAAAUAGAAAAUUCUAAUCAUAAAGAAAUAUUAAUAGGAUUUGAUUUGGAAUGGCCUUUUAAUUUUCAUACAGGAAGUGGAAAAACAGCUUUAGCACAAAUUUGUUUUAAUGAAACUAUUUGUUAUUUAUUGCAUAUAUAUUCAUUAAAAAAAUUACCUGCAGCAUUUGUAGUUCUUUUAAGUCAUCCAAAAGUAAGAUUAGUUGGAGUGAACAUAAAGAAUGAUAUUUGGAAAUUAGGCAGAGAUUUUAAAGAAUUUCCUGCUUCUAAAAUUGUUGAAAAUAAUUGUAUUGAUAGUGGUAAAUUUGCAAAUGAAAUAUUAAAUAGGUCUUGUCGAUGGAGUUUAGAAAAAUUAACAGCAUAUUUGCUAAAAAGAAAACUUAAUAAAGAUCCAAAAGUAAGAAAAAGUAAAUGGCAUUUAUAUCCUUUAAGUAAUGAACAAAAAAUAUAUGCUGCAACAGAUGCCUAUGUUUCCUGGCUCUUACAUACAAUUAUACAAAAACAAACUGAUAUUAAAAAAAAUAUGAUAUAAAAUGUUGAAAUUAAUAAAUAUUAAAAUUAUGUAUAAUAGUAAAAAAAAUUAAAUUUUGAAAAAAUAUAAUUACAAUAUAUUGUCUCAUUAUGUCUACAAAAAUAAUCAAAGUUUUGUGGACAGGUAGAUUAAAUUAUAAUUCCGGCCUUAAAUUACAAAAAAUAUUAUCUGAUCGACAUCAUCAAAAAUUAAAAGAUGAGAAUUGUAAUACAUUAAUAUUGAUUGAGCAUAAUCCAGUAUUUACAGUAGGAAUUAGAGAUAAAAUCUAUACAAUAGAAGAAGAAGAGAGAUUAAAAAAUUUAGGUGCAGAGUUUUUUAGAACAAAUCGAGGUGGUCUUAUAACUUUUCAUGGACCUGGACAAUUAGUAGCAUAUCCCAUAUUAAAUUUAAAACAAUUUAAAAAUGGUAUUAAAUGGUAUGUUUGUCAAAUAGAAAAUAUGAUUAUUCGUUUAUGUGCAAAAUAUGGUAUUAAAGGUGAAAAGUCUUCUGAUACUGGUAUAUGGAUAAAUGAUAAAAAAAUCUGUGCUAUUGGUAUUCAUGGAUGUCGUUAUAUAACAACACAUGGUUUAGCUUUAAAUUGUAAUACAGAUUUAAGUUGGUUUAAUCAUAUUGUUCCCUGUGGUAUUGAAGGAAAGGGCGUAACAAGUAUUAGUCAAGAACUUAAUAGAAAUGUUACUAUUCAAGAUGUAUUACCUUUAUUUCAAAAUGUUUUUCAAGAUCAGUUUGAAUGUACAUUAAUUGAAUAUUCAGUUGAAGAAUCUUCUCAAUUACUUAAACUUGUCAAUAAUAGUAUAUGUUAAUAUAACAUUUAUUUAUUUUCAAAAAUAAUAAAUAAUGAUUUCAAAUAUAUUAAAAAAUAUUUUUGAUUACAAAAAUAUUUAAUCAUUUGAAAAUUACAUUUUUUUUUCAUAAAAUAUAUUAUAUUUUAUUAUGCAAUCUCUUUACUAAUAUACACACACACAUAUAUAUAUAAAAUACAAAAGAGAAUACUUUAUGAUAAAUUAUAUAAUAUUUUUAAUGUAUAAUUAUAUAAUUUUUAAUGUAAGUAUCAUUUAUAUUUAUAUAAAUUAUAUAAGUAUUUACAUAAUAAAAUAUGAAUGAAAUAUAGUGAAAUAUAUUCUUGAAAAAUAAUAUAUUAGAUAUAAAUAAUAAAUGAUAUAAUUCAAAUUUAAUUAUAAUUGCUAGAUAUAGCGAAAAGAUUUCUUUGUUUUAAAUCUGUUAGUUAAAUUUAAAUAAUCAUGUUUUGUGAUUAACUAUUUCUUUGAUUGUGUGACCAAUAUUUAUGGCUGAAAAAUAUAAAUAGAUAAUCCUAA